CCGUUGUGGGGAUCACAUGAGUCAGAGUUUGAUGUCCUGGCUGAAGUUUAGAACAAACUUAGCCUGAAAUUUACAACAGUGAGAAGGCACUGAUUUGCGAUGUCAAUCCUUUUUUCAUUGGAAAAAAUCUGUUAACUCUUGGAGCUAACGUAAACCUGUGCAGUUAUUUGAUUUUCCUUCAAAAACGUUUUCAGGAUUGUCCUCUGUUUCUUUUAGGAAAAGUUACAUAUAAAGUUAAGCCGAUAUGCGCGUUGUUAUAUUUCCCAGUGUGUCUUUCCGAAACAGCAGAAAGAAGUGUACAGUUUCUGGAGAUUACGACAGCUAACCCCACUGUUGGUAGAAAACUACCUUUAUCGAGUUGGACUAACUUGGAUUAACUUUCGGUGAUCGACUCCUCCAAGUUCCAUUUCCGAAAAGAUUUGGGUUGACUUUGGCUUUUUUUUUUUAACCUUUUUUAUAGUCUGCCUUUUUUUUUUUCUCGGACAAAUAUUUUUGGAUUAACCAUGGAUCCCAGCCAGCACAACCCCCCAGCCGGCCACCAGAUUGUCCACGUCCGGGGAGACUCGGAGACAGAUCUAGAGGCUCUUUUCAACGCUGUUAUGAACCCGAAAAACACCAUCGUUCCCCCCUCAGUCCCCAUGAGGAUGAGAAAGCUACCCGAUUCCUUCUUUACACCGCCUGAGCCAAAGUCUCACUCCAGACAAGCCAGCACCGACGCAGGCACGGCCGGUGCCCUCCCCCCCCACCACGUUCGUGCCCACUCCUCUCCGGCCUCCCUGCAGUUGGGGGCAGUGUCGCCCCUGUUGGGCAUGGUCCCGGCCGGUGCCCCCCCGUCACACCUCCGACAGUCCUCCUACGAGAUACCUGAGGACAUGCCUCUGCCGCCCGGGUGGGAGAUGGCCAAGACCCCCUCUGGGCAGAGAUACUUCCUAAACCAUCUCGACCAAUCCACAACCUGGCAGGACCCUCGCAAGGCCCUCCUACAGAUGAACCAAGCCCCUCCCACCAGCCCUGUACCAGUCCAACCACAGAAUAUUCUGAACCCAGCUAGUGGCCCUCUUCCUGAUGGCUGGGAGCAGGCCAUCACCUCUGACGGAGAGAUAUACUACAUAAACCACAAGAACAAGACCACGUCCUGGCUGGACCCGAGACUCGACACGCGCUACGGUCUGAACCAGCAGCGUAUUACCCAGAGUGCUCCAGGGAAACAGGGGGGGCAGCUGCCUUCUAGUCCCCAGAGUGGCGGAGUCAUGGCAGGCAACAACCAGCUGAGGCUUCAGCAGGUCCAGAUGGAGAAGGAGAGGCUGAGGCUGAAACACCAAGAGCUGCUCCGCGCCAGACCCCAGGAACUGGCUCUGAGAAACCAGCUGCCCACCAACAUGGAGCAAGAUGUGGGAACCCCAAACCCUGUGUCGUCCCCUGGGAUGGUCCAGGAUGCCAGAACCAUGACCACCAACAGCUCCGACCCAUUCCUCAACAGUGGGACCUACCACUCCAGAGAUGAGAGUACCGACAGUGGUCUGAGCAUGAGCAGCUACAGUGUGCCUCGCACACCUGACGACUUCCUGAACAGUGUGGACGAGAUGGACACAGGCGAUUCACUGCCGGCCUCCAUGGGAACGCAGCCCAGUCGUUUCCCUGACUACCUGGACGCCAUCCCCGGGACAGACGUGGACCUGGGUACUCUGGAAAGCGAGAGUAUGGCUGUGGAGGGGGAGGAGCUAAUGCCUAGCCUCCAGGAAGCUCUGAGCUCCGACAUCCUGAACGACAUGGAAUCAGUCUUGGCCGCCACAAAGAUUGACAAGGAGAGCUUCCUCACAUGGCUAUAGACCCGCCUAGGGCCCUGCUCCCCCACAGGCUAUAUUUCAGAGGUUCCCAAAUGUGUUUUUUGCUUUGCGACCCACCGAUUGAGGCGUGUGUUGAGUCGUGACCCACUACAGUGUUUAAGCAGUGGGGAGAACAGACGACGACCCACAGUUUGGGAACCGCUGGUAUAUAUGACAGAGGAGAGGAGAGGAGAUGGAUGGGAGGGAGGGAGGGGGGAGGGAGGGGGCCCAGAGGCCCUUCUAUGUGCUCCACCGAGGAGAGACAAAGCCACCCUCCCCUCCUCUGGCCUACACCAUAAACUGCUGCCUUGUCAAACAUCCUCCAGUCUUUGACCCAAGAGUAUAUGCUUUGAUUUAACAGACUUCUUAAUGAACUUGUCCCUCGUCCUGGACAUAUUUGAUAAAAUGUCACUGGUCAUCAUACACCCGGUAUAACGCGGCUGUCUCGCGGGCUGCGGCGGCGCUCUUCUGUUAGCUUCUGUCUGCUUGUUCGUGUAUCUUACUGUUUGCUGUCUGUGUCUUCAAGGCUGGCCCAUGAACAGACAAUGAAUUCGAGGGUCCCUGAUUAUUUUCCCGUGGCUGACGGCCUUCAUCUGUCUGUCCACUGUAUUUAUCUGACGCAGAGGAAGCUGCUGGUUCCCAAAACCCACCCUCACUCGUAUACGGUGAUAUCUGAAAGCCGACUGGCUAGCGCUAGGCUAGGGUCAUGGUGCUCCCCCAACCUGCGACCCCCAUUUCUGUUUUGGGUGGAUGCCUGAACGAGCUCCAGUCCCCUCACCCUCCAGGCUCUCUGCUGAGACACGGCCGUGUGUUGGAGACCAGCAGUAUGUAUCUCUUUGGGAUAACUCCUGACAGCUUCACUAACAUCCAAGCAUUAUAUUAUCUGGCCUUUUCUCUAUGAAUUACUGUGUAGUUUUGUUUUGAAUAAUGAGCCUGAGAACCAAAAAUGAUCUGCAUUUAUGGAAAUAACUGUACUGAUUUGGAAGGUUAGUGAAGACAUGCCAAAUUGCACCCUAUUCCCUACAUUUGCACUACUUUUGUAUCAAUGCCCCAUGUGCCCUGGUUUAAAGUAGUGCACUAUGAAAGGAAUAAGGUGCCAUUUGGAACAACUGAAAACAAAAUGGAUUCCCUGUUAGGACAUGUUACUCUUUCGGGGGAGCCUGGGUGAAGACCUGAUGUAUUGUUGAUACUGCUGCUUGGCUGGACCAGCAGGUCUGGAAGUUUAACCUUCGUCAAAUCAAGUGCCUUCAUUUGUAUUUUUUUAAGAGAAGAGCAAAAAAGAAAGAAAGCACAGCAAUGCCAUGUUAUUCUGUCUUGGAUUAAGACAUUUAGCAAUAAUGAGCUGUCUAAGAGGUUGUAUUUUUGACAAACCAACCACACUCUACUUACACUAAUGUUCAAUAAUCAAAAGUAUAUUUCAUUUUUUUAAUGUUUUAUGUUAUCGUGAAACUUAAGGACUUCCUUUGCUUAAUUAAUCCUAUCUUUUAUUUCAGUCUUAUUUAAGCCUGAAUUCCUGUCGGUUUGUUUUAUCUUCUAAUAAUCGUCUGUGUUUAAGGUUAUUAUUACAUUAGGUAUUAUAGAUCAAACUCCUUUUUAGUUUUUACUAUAGCUUGUUGUUUUAUAGGUGGAUUGAUAGGUUUUAAUCGGGUUACCUUUUAGCACGACUGCAGCAGAUUACUUUUAAACUGACAUGGGAUCUUGAGAUGAAUCUUUCACCAGGUUUCCUCUGGCUGACGGAUUAAAAAUGUUUUUAUCAACAUUAUCAAAUAACAAUACAAAAAAAUAACUAAAGGCAUUUGGAGUAAUAACAACUGGUUUGAUGUUUCUGCAUCACAAAUGGCAUCCUGUUUCCUACAUAGUUCACUAGCUUCUGCCAGGACACCCAGGGCUGUGGUGAAAACCAGUGUAUCGUGCAGGGAAUAUGCCGCCAUUUGCAAGACACAAAUAGUUUCCCAGUCUGAAACAUGGACACUCUUUUCUGACUGUUUCUCGAUCUGCUUUGUUGUGUUGAAACAGACUGUUUAUUAAAGGACGAUGGCUAGGUCACGUUGUAGCUGGUUAGAUGAGCAUGGGCCUGACAGACGAUGGCUAGGUCACGUUGUAGCUGGUUAGAUGAGCAUGGGCCUGACAGACGAUGGCUAGGUCACGUUGUAGCUGGUUAGAUGAGCAUGGGCCUGACAGACGAUGGCUAGGUCACGUUGUAGCUGGUUAGAUGAGCAUGCUGGGAUGGCAGGACUGGUAAUGUUCUAGUUAGGUGUCCUAGCCAGGGGGUUGAUUUAUAUGAAUUAAUGGUAAAAAUGAGUUACAGCAUGUGGACUCCGGUUGGUUAAUUGUACAGUGAUUAUUAUAGAAAUAUUUCAAGAACAACCUAAAAAAAACAAAAAAACAAUCAGCUAUGGUUUUACUACAGUCAGGAAUUGUGAUGUGACAGAUUCCAAAGAGUUGUUUUAUUUCUUUUGUUUCGUUAUAAUUUUUUCCUCAACUGAUAUGAAUCUGCCUUCACUGGUGACGAUCAAAAGGAUUUGCUAUUAACCGCACUCUAUCUACAUAUAAGCUAGUGGGAACCAGUAAAUGACUUUGGGUUUGUGAGUUUAUGGAGGUCUCAGAGGUGCCGCAGAAACAAAAUGCUGUGUCAGGGUGGCCGUUUUUGAAUUACUAAACCUAUGAGGAUUCUGGGAGUUCUUUUUGUCACCUGGUUGUUUACACUCUUCUGGAGCAACAGAACACUAUAGCAGCAUUAUUGUGAUUGCUAUCAUUUUCCCAUUUAUUUUUUAGUCUUGAUGUUCUCCGAUGUUUACAUGUUAACUUCACCUGUUAUUCACGCAUGCAGUAGUGCAGAACUGUUUAAUGAUCAGCCUGCCGGUUAUAAGAGGGCAGGACAUCUUUUACACGAGUACAUCUUGAUGAUGCAAAUAUGUGACAUAAAGAACCGAUAGCUCAUAGCUACACUACAAAGCCUAGAUGCUAAAUUGUCAGCAUUUAGCUUUUUAAAUAACUUUUUUUUUUAUAGCUUGAAGCCGAGAACUAACCCUACAUUGUUACCUUGUACCAUGUUUUCAGUCAUUUCCAUUCAGUUUCUUGAUAAUCUGGCUGAUUAUGUAUAGUGUUGAUAACUGUGACUAAUGGAUGGACGAGAUAGUAUUGGAUAUUAAGCGAACAAUGUAACUGCAGGUGUUUUUUGUUAAUGUUGGUGGUACACUACAGUGCUUGUAUUGCACAUCUACAAAUGUUUGACUUAAUCAUGUAUUCAACACAGAAUGGGGAUUUUAUGCUUAGCUAGUUGAUUAUCAGACCAUAGUUAACUGCCGACUUUGUCUAGUAGUAGUACUAAUCACUCACGUUCUAAAGUAUUGGUAUUUAGAUAUUUUCUAAAUGCACACAACGAAAAUGAAUUUAUAAAGUAACUGGUAAUCUGUUAAUCUUUUAAUAGAUAAAAUGUGCAUGUAUUUUAGAAACAUAAAUUCUUCUGUUACAUUAUAUCUCUAUAUAAUACUUUAAAAUUGGCCUGGAAUAAAGUAUAUACUUUGUGGUA